AACGCUUCUUGAUGACGUUAAAUGUUUUCUCCCGUUACAUCGAUGAGCUGUAUCCGUGAUGCUGAGAUGUUGCCUCUUUAUUGGUUCGGGAUACCACUGACGUGGCCUAUAAAUAGCAUCCGAUUAUCGACUCUAACGGCUAUAUCCAUCCCCUUUCUUUCCCCCGGUUAUUUUUGCGUCGUUCUCGAAUCUCUCCUCGCUCUACGCCUUCAGGCCUCAGCGUCGCUGUACCCUUCGCCUCACCGUGCCGCUACACCUCCAAUCCUCCUCAGACUGGGAUCCAUGUUCAGAUGCUACAACUUAGCUUCCACUUGGGAACUGGGCUUUCUAACUUUGUUUGGGAAUUUCGCUGCCAAGGGCGAGAUUGUUCUCUGCAAGAGAUCAGGUCACGGAACUAUAAGGAACCAAGAUGGUGGUGUUUUAAAGAAGAAGCUUAACAUCUUAUGGUUGUAAAUGUACUCUAUGGUAUGAUUCUAUUUCAUGGAUGAAUCAGUGGAAGGCUUCUUCUUCUUCCUAAUCUAUAGUGUACUUAAUCUGUAGUUCAUCUAUAUUCUCAGCAAUUGUGUUCUGGAGUGGUACUGUCUUUCCUGCCUUUUGUUCUUACUCUAGAAGUUUACAUUCUUUCCUAUCUUUUGUCCUUACUCUAGAAGUUUACAUCUUCUGAAAAUGAUGAAACUGAUAAUCUUGAACGGCUUUCUAAACUUUUUGAAAGUUACAACUGCUCACUGGGCUAAAGGGCUUGCUAAAAGGGAUGAUAGGGUCAUAGACAACAAACAAACACAAGGGACAGAUAAGAUCCUGAAAAUAGUGAUGUCUCUUGUAACUGUUCUGAUUUUUGGGUUUUUUUUUUUUAAUCAAAAUUGUAACUCUUUUGUUCACCCUCUUCUUUACACAGUAGUGAGCUGGUGAAAAAGUACUGAGGCAGCAAUGGCUUACCAUCAUGUUUGCUGGCUUCUUUCCUAUUAAAGUGUAUACCUGCAAUUAGUGGGCAUGCUUUUGUGUACAAUAUAAAUAAGGUAGCCAAUCUUUGGUCACCUUUUCCUAUUUCAUUGUCUAGCCUCAAAAUUUAUAGAUGGUUAGAAAUCAGAACAAUUUGUUGCAACAAGUGCAGCUUUAUGAUACCUAGCUGGAAAAAUACAGUAGCAAGAUUUGUAGUUUAAGUAAAUUGAGUUCAUCUAU